AUGGCGCCAAGAUCUGUAAAGAACAAGAAAACUGCAGAUGUCAAAGUUACAGAAACUGCAACCACAAGAAAAGGUCGUAAAGUUAAACAAAUGGUGGAGCCUGAAGAUGUUGAGAUAGGUUUAGAUGAUAAAGCACCUGAAUCAGAUAAGAAAACCAAGAGAGGAAAGAAACUAGGAAAUGAUGAUGAACAAAACAAUGGAACAAAUGAUGCAUUAGAACCACCAGCUAAAAAGAGCAAAAGAAAAAAUAUGGAUGAAGUGCCAUCAGAAGAUCAGUCAAAUGAUGGCAAUUCAACUGCUGAAGACGAAGAUACUGCAACUCCUGUAGAAGAAAUUGAUCAAGUCGAGGAUCAAACAGAAACAAAUGGCCAUAUAGAAGAAACACAGGUAUCUUCAAAUUCAAAAGGCCGUAAAAAACUAACAAAAAAGCAGUUAUUGGCAGAAAAAUCUAAUGAAACAGAUAAUAAACCUAAAGAAACAGGACGAGGAAGAAAAAACGCUAAACAAGAGAAUCAUGAAAGUGAUGUAGUGAAGGAAGGAAAGUCAAAACCCAUUGGACGAGGUAGGGGUAAAAAAGCUCAGGUCAAACCUAGCAAUGAUUCUGAAACUGAAGAAGUUUUGGAUGAGCCAAAACCAGAUCCCCCUGCACCUAAGGGACGAAAGAAACAAGCCAGAAUAAAUAAAGAAAAAACACCAGAAGCUGACAAAGAAUUAUCGGAGGAACAAGAGAAAGAAGACGAGGAAGAUAUACCUGAAGAUGAGCCCCAAAAGAAGGAAGUCAAGAGUAGAAAAACUCAGGGUAAAAAGGCACAACCAAAAGCAGAGAUAGAGGAGAAGGAAGAGGAAGUGAAGGAGGAAACUCAAAGCACCAAAAAACGAAGAGGGGCUAAAAAAGACGAAAAAAAUAAAGGAGAUGCCAAAGAUGACGAAGAAUUAGAAGAGAAAGUUUCUGAUACAAAGCCAUCUAGAGGUAAAAAGGGUCAAAAGAAAAUUCCAGUAAAAUCACCUGAGACAGAAGAAGAAAUACAAGACACUGGUGAAUCCACCAACAAACGUCGGCGUAAGCCAGUCGAGGAUAAGGCUGCGGAAGAGGAUGGCAAAAAGAAAGCGCCGCCCAAAAACAAAGCCUCCACAAACUACGAAAACAUUGAUUUUUCAAAUGCAUCCAAAACUAAUGAAGGUAAGGAGUGGAAUUUCAAAAUAGCAAGCUGGAACGUAGAUGGCAUAAGGGCCUGGUUGGAUAAAGGUGGCCUCGAUUAUAUAAAAUUCGAGAAGCCCGAUAUACUUUGUUUGCAAGAAGUUAAGUGUUCCAAAGAGAAACUGCCGGAGGCAAUCACAAACGUGCCUGGAUACCACGCGUAUUGGUUGUGCAGUGAACAAGAUGGCUAUGCCGGCGUAGGAAUAUAUACCGCAAAACUGGCGAUGAAUGUGCAAUACGGUUUGCAAGACGAGGAGUUGGACAGCGAGGGUCGAAUCAUAACUGCCGAGUACGAGCAGUUCUACUUAGUGUGUACUUAUGUGCCAAACGCAGGCCGUAAACUGGUGACCAUGUCAAAGAGACUGAAAUGGAACGAGGAAUUCCGUAAACACGUCAAGUCGCUCGAUAAGAAAAAACCUGUUAUUAUUUGCGGCGAUAUGAAUGUUUCGCAUAAUACAAUAGAUUUAGCUAACCCUAAAACAAACAGAAAGAACGCCGGCUUUACGGACGAAGAACGCGCGGGUAUGACAGACUUGAUUAGCGAUGGAUUCGUCGACACGUACCGGCAGUUGUAUCCUGAAAAAACAGGCGCUUACACAUUUUGGACUUACAUGUUCAAUUGCCGGGCUAAAAAUGUUGGCUGGCGCUUGGAUUAUUUCUUAAUGUCACAGAGAUUAAUGUCGUCGCUUUGCGACAGUGUGAUCAGAGAUGAAGUAUAUGGCAGCGACCAUUGUCCCAUCACCUUGUUCCUACAUUUAAGCAGCGCCAAUAAGCCUAAAGAA